AUGCAGGUAAAUGAGCAAUUGCGAGCUCUUUUUAAUUUACCUUCGGUUUCCGUUGAUAACGCGUCAACAAUCCAGAAAUUACAGCGCACUAUAGAAAGGUCGAUCAACGAUCGAAUAAACAUUGUUAAGACAGGUCAUCUUUGCUAUAACUGCCUUUCUUCGGAUCAUGGAGUCAGGGAGUGUAAAAGUCGUUUUAGUUGUAGGGAAUGUAGUCAACGACACCACAGUUUGAUACAUAAAGGCAACCAGAGCCAGUACCCUACAACAGGCACACACCAACGAGGCGGAGCACGACCUAGCACCAGUGCUGCCGCUCUCAACACUUUAGUUCAACCCGGUAGACAGGAAGCACGACCUAGCACCAGUGCUACUGAUCCUACCACCCUAGCUCAACCGGUUAGCGAAUACGCACGCCCUAGUACCAGUGCUGCCGCUUUAACCACCCUAGUACAACCAUCGGUAUCGCCAAAUAUACAGUCCACACCUUGUUUAGAAGCACCUUGUUCAACGACUUUGACACUUCAGGAAAUCAGACCCACUCCGCAACCCAAAGAGACACUUUUGUUCACAGCAAUAGUUCAAAUCAAAUCUAGAGGACAUAGAUAUGAUGCCAGGGCAAUCAUCGAUCCUGGGUCACAAUCAACUUUCAUAUCACAAAAAAUUAGAAACAAAUUGCAACUUCCAACAGUUAAGAAUUUAAUUCACGUCACAGGUUUAAGCGACGCAGUUUCUGAAACAUCGACAAAAGCUUGCGUCUUCAAUCUUUGCUCACGAGUAAAUCCUAGUUUUGAGCUGGAGGUUUGGGCACCAGUCUUAAAGACCCUACCUUCUCAUUUACCAACACACAAUUUAAGGCAAAAUCAAUUUGGAGAUUUUGCACACCUUAGUCUCGCGGACCCCCGAUUCUUUGAAAGUCGACCCGUGGACAUGUUAAUCGGAUUAGAUAUUGGACCCCUUAUAUUCACAAAAGGCGUUAUCAAACCAGAUAGGGUUACCACAAAACUUAGAGUGGUUUUUAACGCAUCUAGCCCAACAUCAAACAAGAAAAGUCUUAACGAUAUCUUACAUACAGGACCCAUACUUCAGCAAGACCUUGUGCUACAAGUGUUGAAAUGGAGAUUUUUUAAGUACGUCUUCAAUGCAGACGUGACAAAAAUGUAUCGUCAGAUCUUAGUAGACCCCAAUCAAACAGCUUUUCAAAGAAUUCUCUUUCGUAAAUCAGAAAACCACCCAAUUGAGGAUUACGAACUCUUAACUGUUACCUUCGGCAUAAAUUGCGCCCCAUUUUUAGCGAUUAGGACCCUUCUCCAGUUAGCAGAAGACGUGAAAGAUUCUCAUCCGUUAGGAUCAAGAAUUAUUAAAGAAAAUUUAUAUGUCGAUGAUGUAUUAGCGGGCGGACACUCCAUAGAAGAAGCUACAGCAGCUAGGAAGGAAUUAGCCUCCGCAUUAGAAUCAGCUGGUUUCGAGCUAAGAAAAUGGGCGUCAAAUGACACACGUUUGUUAAAGGAUUUAAAUGAAGACAUGCUUCUUCCAAUAGAUUGGUUAAAUAUUUCCGAAGCUUCUUCGACAAAGACCCUAGGAAUUCGUUGGAAUAUAUCAGGUGAUAAUUUCACUUUUACGGCCCCUACAGUUGAAGAAAAGCAAAUGAGCACCAAGCGAGAAGUAUUAUCAACGAUAGCAAAGUUUUUCGACCCAUGUGGAUGGUUAGCGCCAGUAAUAGUUGUAGCCAAGUUAAUCAUGCAACAGGUUUGGCUAGAUAAGGUAGAAUGGGACGACUCGUUGAAGCCAGUGACUCAAAUGAACUGGAAUAACUUUGUGAGAGGUAGCCAUUCUAUAGACACUGUAUCGAUACCAAGAUGGGUUCGGUUUACACCUGCUAGUAUUGUGGAAAUACAUGGAUUCUGCGACGCGUCAGAAAGCGCAUAUGCAGCCACAAUUUAUAUACGCGUUGAACACAUCGAUAAAACUGUAGACACUUUUCUUCUAGCAGCCAAGACCCGAGUAGCCCCAGUUAAGAAAAUCUCUCUGCCAAGGUUAGAAUUAUGCGGUGCAGUUAUGUUGUCAAAGUUAACAAAUGCCAUUGUGCCUAAGCUUCAAUUAUCAAAGUUUACGACCCAUUUCUGGACCGACUCUACAAUCGUUCUAGCCUGGCUACAAAAGCCACCAUGCUCAUGGAGCGCUUUCGUUGGUAACAGGGUUUCAGAGAUAUUAGAGAACGUCGGCGGUGAGAAUUGGAAACAUGUUGACUCAGAAUAUAAUCCUGCAGAUGUAGCAAGUCGUGGCUGUUCUCCUGACGACUUAAUAGCUCAUAAUUUAUGGUGGACGGGACCCCAGUGGCUCAAAUUGCCGCAUGAUCAGUGGCCGCAAGACCGAGUUAAUACAGACACUAAUCUUGAAGCAAAACAAGUUAAAGUAUUCGCAACAGGCACUUUUGAUGACCCUUUGACUCGAUUUUCGUCUUUAGCUAGAGCAUAUCGUGUUUUGUCUUACGCAGUUAGGUUCUGGCGUAACACAGGUUCAACUAGAUCCUCACUUAAAAUUUCAUCGCAAGAAAUAACCAGCCCAGAGCUCAUAGACACAAAGAUGCGUCUUAUAGUGGCAACUCAGAAACAUUACUUCGUUGAGGAAUACAGUUCUUUGACCCAAAAGAAAAGGCUUUCACCUAGAAGUAGUCUUUUACCAUUCAACCCCUUCAUAGAUAGAAAAGGAGUAAUUAGAUCCAAUGGUCGUUUAGUUCAAUCGCCAGCUUUGACGUACAGCGAACGUCAUCCAAUCUUAAUCCCAUAUGAUUCGCGAUUUGCACUCCUUCUAGUGGAAUUUGUUCAUAAAGUCUCAAUGCACGGAGGCAAUCAACUUAUGACCCGGCUCAUCCGUACGGAGUUUUGGAUAUUCAGAUUGAAACAGUUGAUCAAGAAAGUUAUACACAAUUGCAGAGUUUGUACCCUAUAUCGAUUAAAGACUCAGACCCAAAUUAUGUCAUCUCUUCCACCCGAGCGUACUACUUUAUCCAGACCCUUUACGAAUACAGGGGUAGAUUUUGCAGGACCCUUCGGAAUCAAAAGCUUAACAGCACGAGCGUGUUUAAUAACCAAGGGUUAUAUCUGCAUAUUUGUUUGUUGUGCGACAAAAGCCAUCCACUUAGAAGCAACAAGUGAUUUAUCGACUCAAUCAUUUCUGGCGGCAUUAGCUCGUUUCAUAGGAAGGAGAGGGUGCCCAGAAAAGAUAUAUUCCGACAAUGGAAAGAAUUUUAUAGGCGCAGCAGAAAUGCUCAAGAAAGAUCAGAAAGAGUUUAUGAAAAGUUUACAGAGCAGCGCCAUUCAGCAACAUGCUCAUCAGAAUUUAGAGUGGAAAUUUAUUCCUCCAGGAGCUCCCCAUAUGGGGGGAUUGUGGGAGGCAGGAGUUAAAUCAUUCAAGAUACACCUUAAGAAGUCUAUGCCCAAAAUGAACUUCACGUUCGAAGAACUGUCAACCAUAUUGGCACGUAUCGAGGCCUGCCUCAAUUCACGACCCCUUAGUCCAGCUUCUGAAGACCCUAACGAUUUAGCACCCUUGACCCCAGCUCACUUCCUUAUAGGCUCUUCCCUUUUGACCCCGGCAGAACCCGACAUCUCAGAGGAGGACAUAACGCUUGCAAAUCGGUGGAAGAGAUUAAAGAUUAUAUCCCAAAACUUUUGUCAGAGGUGGAAGUCAGAGUACUUAAAUGAGCUUCACCGUAGAUACAAAUGGAAGUAUCAGCAAGAUAACAUACAGGUCAAUGAUUUAGUUGUCAUCAGGGAUGAGAGAUAUCCCACCGAGUGGAAGUUAGGACGAGUUUUUAAAACAUACCCCGGUGUUGAUCAGAACACUCGAGUUGUAGAUAUUCGAACUUCCAAUGGCAUAGUCAGUCGACCCAUAACUAAGAUUGUCAAAUUAUUCUCAGACACCCCUAGCAAUUCAUAA